AUGCCUACGAUUUUCCACAGAUACAAUGAUUUACUCAAACGGUACCCCUUCCGCACCAACAUGAUCACCACGGGGAUCUUUUUCGGAAUGGGAGACGUCAUAGCGCAGAGCUUAUUCCCGCAUCGAACUGUCGAGACCCAGGUGCUAGAUAAUGGCGAAGCUGUCGAGAAAGAAGUUGUCGGACUGUAUACUCCGGCGCGUACUGUGCGAGCUAUGAUUUACGGCACGGUGUUUUUUGCACCGAUUAGCGUGUUAUGGCAUGGGAAAACGUUACCUCGCUUGAAAAAUCCAUUUAUCCAGGCGUUUAGGCGGAAAGCAAUGGAGGAGAAGCCGCGGCUACAGAAGAGGCUCCAUUUAUAUGACUCUGUGUUUCGGUUGGGGUUAGAUCAGUUGUUGUUCCCUGCGUUGGUGUGGAUUCCACUUUACAAUACCGUGAUGGUGAUUUUGGCGCAGCACGAUGACCCGUUCAGUGUGGUCAAGACUAAAUUGGAGAAUAACUGGUGGAAUGUACUCAAGGCGAGCUGGACUGUCUGGCCUGGUUUCCAGUUGUUUAAUUUGCUUUUCAUUCCUGUGCAUUUGAGAAUUGUUUGUGCCAAUAUUUGGGCCACUGGUUGGAACGCGUUUUUGAGCUUUGUCCACAAUGCCAAGGGUCAUGGCAAGGGCAGUGGUAAGCGGUUGGAAGAGUUGGUUGAUAUUGAAGAUGAAGAUCAAGAACUAACCAUGGUUUAUGAUUGA